AUGGCACGGCUCGUCGUGGCGCUCGUCGAGGCGUCAUCACGCGCGGACGACGUGCUCACGCGUUUGAACGAUCUCGCACGGACGUUCGAGCGCCUCAACGGCGCACAUUGGGCUCGGAACGGUAAAAAAGUUGAGCAACAGCUGCGCGAUUUGAAUCCUUCGGGCGAUGACGACGACGCGCAGUGGACGCACGAGGGCGAUCGAGCGACGUUCAAGGCGUGGGUGAUGUGCGAGAGGGUGAAUGCAUCGAUCUCUUCGCCCGAGAGCGCGGCGAGCGGAGCGUGCGAACGGUUGGAGAAGAUGCGCGAGCGCGCGGGCGGCGACGCGGUGGACGUCGUGUGGUUCGCAUCGCAUGACGACGAGCGAGAGCGAGUAGGGACGUCUGGCGCGUUUGAGAAAGAUCCAGCGACUUGGACGCGGACGAUGAUGGCGGCGUACGGGACAAUGCGUCGAGCUAAGGAGGUGUUUGGGGAGAAGGCGCGAUGUCGAGUGUGCGUGCAGAGCGGCGAGGCGCUGGAUAAAGGCGCGCUCGCGGUGGCGGACGCGGUGGGGGCGAGCGUGACGACGUUCGAUAGAGACGAGAUCGUUGAUGUGGGCGAGCGAUUUAGGGGGUCGUUAACGUUCGUGGGGGGGAACGGGCGGGAGCGGUUGGAUUUGGUCGGCGCGCGAGCGACGCACUUAGAUUUCGGCGCUAAGAGUGAUGAGACGUUCGAGAACGAUGAAAACGAGGACGAGAGUGGCGCUCGUGAGAUAAAAUCGUCGUCGGCGGUCGCCGCGGACGCGCGCGGGAUGGAGAAUGUUUUAUCCAGGGCGUGCGCGCUGCGUGUGGUGGAAAUUGUGCACGCGCAAGACGUUCCGAGCGUCUAUCUCAGCCCGAGUCCAUCGCUUCAUCUUCGCUUCGAUGACGUUCCGGAAUCGCGUGUCGUUCGACGUGCGUUCUUUUCAGCGUGGAGCACCGCCGUUGCGGAGGCAUCGACGCCAGGAGAUGUCCCAGCGAUGGUGGUGAAAUGUCAGUGGAGGCUUUCGAAGCUGAACGACUCGGUGAAGCAACAAUAUAGGGAUUUCACCGAUGAAGAUGGGGCCGUGCCGCUGUUGCUCUACCCCGUGCGACGACUUGGUGGCGGGGUCAACGGUGAGAGCUACAUCGAGUUUAAUCUUCGCCCGUUGGCGACGACAGCGGAGUUGUUGCGACGAUUAUCAGCGAGCGCGGGCGCGAGCGGUUUGAACAAAUUGAACGUUGCCAUCGACAGUAUGAGUAAAUUGGCUCGAGAGGAUGCUCUGGAGGAGGCGGAACGGGCGUUAAAUAUGCUUAGUGAUCGACAGAGUGUGAAAAUCGAGGACUUUCUCGCGCUCUCGGAGGACGAAGAAGACUAUUGCACCGAUGAUGAGGCUGAAUUCAAAGACGCAGAGUCGAAUUUGCCAUCCGUGGAUACGGCAAUUUCGCCAGAUAUCGGCGUCGUGAAGAAAUCAAAGAUGCUGUCAGCCAUCGCCGCGGCGUUUCGCGGGACGGCGGCGGAUGGCGGCGAAGGGAGCGACGUGCUCGCCGAGUAUACACGCCUCUGGAAGGAGCACGUCAAAUAUCACCUCGAUCCCGCUUGCGUGCUGCCACCGAUCGAGUGCGCGCGUGACGAUCGACGAUCAAAAUCCUCAUCUUCUACACACGGGCUCAAGUAUGACGACAUCAUCGAUCGUUUGAUGGAGAUGCACGAUUCGAGUGCUCUUGGAGUUGCGUGCAGCAGCGGACAGGACGGCGUCGAAGGUUUCUACACCGAGACGUUUUCGAAAUCGAUCGACCUCGCCAUAUCACAGCUUGAUGCGAAUACUGCGGCGGUAUCGAUUCUUCGAAACGUCGGCGUCGCCGCCAAAGACGUGACCUUGACGUCGGCGCGAGAGAAGUCGUUCCUUCAGCUCAUGGGCGAGACGGACGAGGACGCGCGCGCGCAACGCAGAGCUGAGCGCGUGCGUCAGAUCGAAGAAAAGCGAGAGAAGACGUACAUGAGUCUUGGAAUCCGCCGUGUCGUAGGCUCGGAGAUCCGUCGCUCGGAGGCCAACACCAAGCUUGAGCAACGGCGCGCCGAGGGGCUCGCGCGCACCGCCGCCCCGGAUCGAACCGCGUGCCCCAACCCCGAGUGCGCCAUCAACCUCGCGCUCGAGGGCGCCAACGGGCAGCGGUUAAAGUUUUGCUACGAGUGCGGGACCAAGUUGUAA